AUUAUAUCAGUACUUCUUAUAGUCUUCAUUUUAACGUAUCUUUACCGUGUGACUAUAACGACUUGUUUAAUAACUAUACUUACACGCUGUUGCAAAGAGAUUACUGCAAACAAGAGAUUAAUUCGUCAUUGAUUGAGAUCACAUCCGAACAAAUUGAUGAUAAUGAUGGAUCGAUUGUAUCAAUCAGUGUUAACAUUGAAUCACUGAUUCAUGAUUUAACAUGGUCAGUAGCUGUUAGUGUAUCAAACAGGUUUGGUUCAGAUACUACAGAUUACACUAACAUCACUAAUGAUAAAACUAACAUAAAGCAGUGUUACUCGGAGCCUUUUUUAUCACUGUCAACUGCAAUAAUGCUUUCAAAAACAGUUACUCCUUCUCUAAGUCCAAUAUCAUCAAUUUAUAAAUCUGGUUCUAUUCAAACUUCAAUGGGCUGCACUACAAUUAUUAUUACUAGAUCUAGUACAGUAUACAUCAGUAACAUCACUACAACACCAUCAACUAAUGUCAUUCCAAUUGUUAUUGGUACUAUAGCAACUGUUAUGAUACUACUGAUAGUAGUAAUAAUACUACUCAUUUUCAUGAUAUUUUUAUGCUAUAAAAGAUCUGAUAUAGCUGGAAAUAGAUGUACUUCAAAUCAGAAUGUCACUGUGCCACUUGAGUCCUGUCCUGCAUAUGAUGAUAUUUCAAAAAUGAAUACUGCAAACUGUGAAGCAUGUGGCAAAAGAGAUACAUUUAUAACUGCAGAAUAUGAAACUGUAAAUGUUAAUUAGCCAAUUUUAAUUUGAUUGUCA